AUGUCUUCUCCAUCUCCACAGACAAGUCCCAUUCGCACUUCCGACUCUCCGGUCGCUGGUCCCACUCCCGAGGAAGUCGCUGCAGCAGCCGAGCGUCGUUUCCGCCAGCUACAGUCCCAAGCCCAACCAUCUGCUGCCCAACUCCUUCAAAUCCAUGAGAAAAAGCAAAAGUUUCGAAGAAUGGUAGACCCUGGAAUCAUGCGUCCAAACGCAAAGGACGCAGCUUUAUCGUCGUUAAAAGUAAAUCCAGUAUAUUCUCCUCGUAUGCAAUGGAAAUGUGCUUGUGCUGACGUCUGCGCCACUCCGUGCUUGGGGUUGUACGACAAUCCAAAGUUUCAACGAUUCAAGCCAACCAAUACGGUCAUCAAGCGGGAGUUGGUGGAUCGGAAAGGGACUCUGGAAUAUGCGGUUGAGCUUGGUUUUCGACCUGAAGUCGAGAACUUCCAACCAUAUUACAAGUUCAACCAUCGAUACGAAGAAGAUCUCAAGCUCGGAGCAGAGAUCUUGAAGGAGUUCAUCAAACUUUACCAGGAGAAGGAUGAACGAGCUGCACUGGCUAAGAGGAGCGAGAAGGCCGUUGCCGAGGCUGCACACGAGAAAGUGAGACUGGCAUUUAUGGACGACCGCAAGGCCAGGAUGCAGCGUGACGAGAUAGAGAGGCAGGCGAGGCAGGCUCGCAGGUCUCAAAGCCCCGCGGCCACCAACAGUGUCACAUCAUCUCGUUCACGUCGCUCAGCUUCCAGAAACCUCGAUGCCCUGGGUGAAGGUCGGACCUUGGGGGAAACGCCACAGACGCUUCCAGACACAGAUGAUACGGACCCUGCACCUCCGCCCUACGCUGGAUAGCAAACCCAGAUAUAAUAUAAUAUGAAU